UUAUACCUUUGCAAACACGACAAAAGAAAUUUUGUCUACAUACGAUCCCAUACGAAAAUUUAUAAUGGAAAUACUACAAAAUAUUUUCGUUUGAAAUUUUGACUUAAUCGGCAUUAGACUGGAUUAUCCGAUCGGAUAUUUUCCCGUCUAUCUGGCUGCCAGCGCUGGGAUGAGCGUGAAUUAUGACCACGCGCAGUUGUACACGAUCACACAGAUAGAUCCCGCGGAAGCUCUCCAGCUGGUAGCCAUGGAUGGGUUUGAACCGAAAUUUUUAGAAUUUGAACCAACAGGAAUUGCCAGCGUUCCUGUUGUGGAAGACACGACAUCUAUGCAGAUAUCUGUGCCACCAAAGUACGCUGUGGUGUUCCUGGUAGAAGCGACUGGCAAGCUGGAAAGGCAUAUGCCUCUUUUGAAAAGCGCUUAUAUCUCGCCAGUUCUAUCCUAUUUCAAGGCUGUCAAUUCAGCAGACGGAGACUCAUCCAGCUAUGGUUGGAUCAAGGACGCGUGGUAUGGAUUCGUGUUUUAUUAUUCCGGAGAUGCGCCCAUCGGUCAGGAAACUUACUGCGGUAUCCAACCUACAGAUAACGAAGAGGCAGUGCUGGAAUGGUUCGACCACAUUCCCGCUGAUCGCGCAUCAUUCCAGUUAUCUUACGAGUGCUGUUUUCUCGAAGCCUUGUCGACGGGAGUACGAUACAUGCACCGACUCAUCUCCAAGCAUCUCAAAGACCAACCGGUGGAAAAGCAUUUCAUUGUCGUCGGUCAGUCGACUCCGUUCGAAGAUGCCGUGAUGACCAAUCCCAAUCGUCCUCGCACAGUGGCCGACGCCCCGAAUUUUCUCCUACAGGAAGACAUCCAUUUUUCGGUGAUCUGCACCCGCCGGAAUAAGUUCCUUCGUGAAAUCUUUGAGGGUACGCAGCAUCUUAGUUCCUUCGUCGAGACGAGUGCUAACGUCAAUCCGAUGCAUAUGGUUUUGCUGAACAAUAUCACCAUCCGUCCGGUGCCUGAGAAAGCAUCUCCGUCCAUCCCGUUGGAUGCGGGAUUAAUUAGCCCGGCCACGCAGCCGAUGGAUACAACGCCAGUUGUUCCAAUGGAACAACAGUUACCGGCACGCCCACAGACGGUGGACUUGUCGCCCGCUCCAGCACCUCUCGAGAGAAAAGAAUCUAACUCUAUCCUAAGCAAUCUACUGGAUAGCAGCGGAAACUUGCCAGUUCCAAAGCUGAAAUCUCCUUUAUCGGUGGCCGAUGUUCUGUCACCGAGAAAUGUCGUGACCCCUCAGGAAGCCAUGCCCGCUAUGAUGGAUCCCAGUGCACCCAUGUUUCCUAAACCCAGCGAGAGCCCUCGCCCGUUGCCACCGCAACAGCGCGCCUCUCCAUUGCCCAUUCCUAAUCUGCCCCAACCAGCGAUGGAUAUGUUCAGCACUGUUCCGAGAUUCACCGCCCCGGUUUCCCUUCCCACUGUGCCUACACCACGGGCUGGUCUGGGUGUUACAACUCGACCACCCAGCGUAUCCGUGACGCAGAUCGCCGAUACCGUCAAGCAGCAGUUUCCCCGCCCAGGUGCUCCGGAUAUGAGACAGUUUAAUAGCCCGCUCACCGCCUCCGUACCGUCCUUUCCCCAUCCGUCAUCAGCCGGUGUCGCCCCACCGCAGGGUGGCUCUGGUCGGAUUCAUGAGGGCAAAUGUAUUGUGUGGGAAGGUAUCAUGGAGUGGGCUAGUCCGCGAGAGCGAGUGGCUGGUCAGCCGGCCACGCUUGUCCAGCAGCAGUGUGAGAUAUGGGUUCCUGCGCCAGACAUUAUAAGAGCGGAGCGAUGGCCUCCCAAACUUGGGGUACAGUUCCUCCCGAAUAACUUCAUCCAGCAUAUGAAAGCGUUCAUGGACUCGCCGAUAAAGAUUCAUUUCGCUUUUAAAUCAACAAUGCCUAAUGGAGAUGUUGCUGUACGAGAGCUGAUUGAGUACAUGCUGAAGAGGUCACCGUCGCUUGGGUGCAUCUUGAUUCCUGCAUCCAACCACAUACCGAAUUUGCACGUGGUGACCGGAUUGCACAGAGGUGAAGCCACAACGGUGGAGCUGCGAGUGAUUGUUUUUAUAUUCAAUCAAGCAGCAAAUAGCUUUCAAGGACUGAUUCCCCGGGAUCAGGUGGGAUUUGUGGACAGUCUGCGCCAGAUGCUGCAGAGCCGUGCGCAGCAACAACAACAGCAGCAUCAACAACAACAACAGCAAAAUGCUCAGAAUGCCGGUCUCCAUCAGAUGCAGCAGCAGCCGCAUCUCCAACAACAGAUGAUGCAGUCACAGCAGCAGCAACAGGCUCAACUCUCCCAGAAUUCUCAGCAGAUGCCACAGCAGUAUCGACAAAUGCAGAACAUCCAGCAGUUUAACAAUAUGGGCGGCGGCGCCAUGAAUACAAUGGGCAUGGAUUCAGGAUAUGCAAUGCAACAGCAACAAAUGCAGCAGCAGCAGCUUGGACAGUCUAUGGGCAUGAGCGGAUUUCAGACGCUUAACCCGGGAAUGGGUCAGCAGCAAAUGAUGCAGGAACCGAGUUUGCAACAGAGAUUACAGCAACAGCAGCAGAUGUUCCUCAUGCAACAACGCAAUCAACAGCAGGACCCACAGCUACGACAGUUGCUGCAGAAUGCAAGCCCCAAUAUGCAUUCGAAUAUACACUGAUAACAGAAUAUGAUGAUUCUGUUACACUGUGUGACUGUUCGUAGUUAGAAUAAAAAAAUUGCGAGUUUCAUCAAAUAUCUUUGUAUAAUUUUAUUGUGGUUCGAUCGCUAUGUGCGGGUGUCGUUGAUCGUCGAUUUCUGCAUUUUAAUGUUUUAUAUUGUUAUUGUAGCCGGUUAGCGAGUAAGUACUUGAGUUGUGUUUGAAAGUUUAAUAGUGUACAUAUUUUUGAUAGCAGAGCCCGGUGUGCAAAUUCAUUUGAUGACAGAUACGAUAUUAAAUCGCAAAUAAAACGGAUGACAG